AUGUCGACAUCCCGGCAAUGGCUCUCGGCAGCCGCGCGCCAAUGCCGGUCUGCCUUGACGACACAGCAACGAACACAGCUGGCGCAGCAGCCACCACUCUCGCGGGCGUUGUCGACGACACCAAGCCUCUCAGCAUUCCGCGACUCGCAGAACAACACGUAUUCCAACACCAACACCAACCGUCUCGCCGGCAGCACCCCCACCACCUUCACGAACCCCAACGCGGCCCUCCAAGACCUGGCCUCCUCAGGCCUCAACCGCAGCGGCCCGCUAACCCCCGAAGAGCGCCGCCGCGUAAUCGAAGAACAAGUCGGCACCAGCGGCCACAUCCGGGACCUCGCCAUCAACACGACAACCGACAACUACCUACGCCAAAACCAGCGACGGUGGCGGGUCGGCGAUGUCUACACGCCGCGCGACAUUGGCAAGGCGGAGAUGAAGAAGUGGGGCAAGAUGCGGGCGCCGCUGGAGGAUGUGGUGGAGGUGUUGGGGUUUAAUCCUGUGGAUAAUUACAAGAAUUUCUCCCUCAUCUCGGAUUUCAUGACCCCCAUGGGGCGGAUCAAGCACUCGUCUGAAACGGGGCUGCGGCCGGUCAAUCAGCGGAAGAUGGCCAAGGCGAUCCGCCGGGCGAUUGGCAUGGGCUUGCACCCGAGUGUGCAUCGGCACCCGGAGAUUUUGCGGAUUAAGCAGAGGGGGAUUUCGGCUAUGGUGCCUAUUGCGCCGACUGAGAAUCGGCUAUGA